CGCCCCCGGCCCAGAAGGCCCUGCAGGGACCAGCCUGGUGUGUCGCGAGCCGAUUCCCCCGCGCGCAGUCCAGCCGGCAGUAUGAACGCCCCCGCUGCGACCCCCAUCUUCGCGCCGGGCGAGAACUGCAGCCCCGCGUGGCGGGCGGCGCCUGCGGCCUACGAUGCAUCGGACACACACCUGCAGAUCCUGGGCAAGCCAGUGAUGGAACGCUGGGAGACCCCCUACAUGCACGCGCUGGCGGCCGCCGCCGCCUCCAAAGGGGGCCGAGUCCUGGAAGUGGGCUUUGGCAUGGCCAUUGCGGCCACCAAGGUGCAGGAGGCUGCCAUCGACGAGCACUGGAUCAUCGAGUGCAAUGAGGGCGUCUUCCAGCGGCUCCGGGAGUGGGCCCCGCGGCAGCCACACAAGGUGGUUCCCUUGAAAGGCCUGUGGGAGGAGGUGGCACCCACCCUGCCAGACGGUCAUUUCGAUGGGAUCCUGUAUGACACAUACCCGCUGUCUGAGGAGACUUGGCACACACAUCAGUUCAACUUCAUCAGGGGCCAGGCUUUUCGCCUGCUGAAGCCAGGGGGCAUCCUCACCUACUGCAACCUCACCUCCUGGGGGGAGCUGAUGAAAUCCAAGUACAACGACAUCAACGCCAUGUUUGAGGAGACACAGGUGCCGGCACUGCUGGAGGCCGGCUUCCAGCGGGACAACAUCCACGUGGAGGUGAUGGAGCUAGUCCCACCAGCUGACUGCCGCUACUACGCUUUCCCGCGGAUGAUCACGCCCCUGGUCACCAAGCACUGAGCCCGCUGCCCCCACAUUCCUACUCAGUGCCCUUGUGGCCGGGAGCACAGGCUCUGGCCUCAGCCCCCAGGAGUUGAGGCCACACCAGCUGUGUGACCCCCAGCCACCUUCCCUAACCUCUGCAAGGGAACCAGCACAGCUUCCCUCCUGGGUCAUGGGGAUGAAAUAAACAUUGGACUGGCCAAUUAGCACGAC